AUCAGAACAAAGAAGCGCAAGCCCUAAAGACAAAAGACUUUUAAACUCUAAAAUAAUUCAUUCUCCAUAGAUUUGCUGAUAAAAGCUUCAAUCUAACAUCGUAUUCACUUUCGUUCCCAACUCCUUGGAUUUUAUCUCUACGUUUCUGUUUGUUGAGAUAAGCAGAGAUGGAGGAUGACAAGAAGAAGAAGAGGAACAAGAAGAAGAAGAACAAGCAGGUGGGGAAAACGGGGGAAGAUGUGGAUCAGAAUAAUGUGAACCGUCGGCAGAACGGGGAGACCACAAAAACUGAAAUGGCUGAGGAUCUGGAUGCACCCCAGCUCAAUGGCACUACACAAGAUGAAAAACUAGAGGGGGAUGUUGAAGAAGUACAGAAUGGGAAGGAAUCAGAUAUACAGAAAGAGGCUACCUUGGAAGAGGCAAUCAAAUAUUUACAAAUUCAAAAUGACUCACACAUACAGAAAGAGGCCACCUUAGAAGAGACAAUCAAGCAGUUGCAAAGUAAAAAUGAUUCACAUUUAAAGAAAGAGGCUGGCUUAGAAGAGGCAAUCCUAAGGUUGCAAAAUGAAAAUUACUCACACAUACAGAACAAGGCUAUCUUAGAUGGGACAAUCCAUCAAUUACGGUAUGAAAAUGAUAUGUGCAGGCAGAAAGAGGCUAGUUUAGAGAUAAGUAUUGCAGAACUACAGAAUGAAAAAGAUGUCUGGUCUCAAAAACAGGCUAUUUUGGAGACAAGUAUUGCUGAACUACAUGGUGAAAAAGAUAUAUGGUCUCAAAAACAGGCAAGCUUGGAGGAGAGAAUUACCCAGUUAGCAGAAGAAAGAACUGCUUUGCAUCUGAACAUGGCAAGCUUAGAGGAAAAAAUUGAGCACCUAAACAAGGAGAAAGAAAUCUGGGUUCAGACAGAGGAUACCUCCAAAGAAGUAAUUUCUUGCCUGAAUCGUGAUAUUGCAAAACUAAGGAUGCAGGUGGUAGAGUUGGAAGAAUCAAGGAGCAGGCUUUUAGAAGAAAACCAACAGCUAGUGGCAAAUGUAUCUGGCCUACAGUUACAUAUUCAAAACCUCGAGAGAAAUGUUACCUCUGAUCAAUCAUCAGAUGAACAUGGAAAGCAUUCUUCUGAACAUGAGGACAUGAACUCUCAGAUUGAAGCAGCAUGUGCACUGAUUGACAAACUGAUCACAGAAAAUGCAGAGCUUGUUGAGAAGGUGAAUGAAUUAUACAUCAAACUCAGUCAACAAAGCUUUACUGCUGGGGUUUCAACAGCCAAUAGAAGCAAUCUGAUGGUUAGAAGUGCUCAAACCUCUGAUCUUCCUGAUCCUAUGCAAGAACAGUAUGAGAAUGCGCCAAUCUUGGAUCCAAAAUUUGGCACCUUGGAAGAAGAGAGAAUCAGUAGGGAUAACAUGGAUGUGGAAUCUGCCGUUGUAUUUUCCAACCCUUCAGAACCUAACGUCUCUGGAGAGAUUGUGCAAAUUCCGUUAGAUGAUACUGAUACCGAUGUUCGGGAAUUGGAAUCACAAACUCUUUUGACUAAUGAAAAUGCUGCUGUGCCACUAUCGGAUGCUCCACUAGUCGGUGCUCCAUUCAGGUUAAUAUCCUUUGUUGCUAGGUAUGUUAGCGGUGCUGACUUGGUUGACAACUCUUAAAGCUCUGGGCUUUAGCUUAGUCGAAUUAAAAUUUCAUUGUUCAUUCAUUAUAAUGAUUUUUUUUCUUCUUAGCAUACGUGAUAUGCUUUCGAAAUAGAGAUUAAAAAUCUGUGGCUAAAUUGGGCCAUUUACAUUGAUAUAUACUUGGGUUGAAGGGGAGCAACAACAUACUGAGUUAUUCAAUUCUUGUGGUUACUUACUAUGUUGGCAUGGCAUGAGAUUACAAAUCUCGACACAUACAGACAGAGACAUCCAUACAUUGAUUAUUGGGUUUUCAAAAAUAUAAGGGAAUAUUAGAU